AUGUCUCCUCCUGCAGUAGUCACUGAAUCCGCCGAUGUACAACCUGAGCAACGUGCGACUUCUGCUGCCAUUGCUGAAGAGCUCGAGAAGAAGCUUCAGUCACAUCUGGAAAAUAGUUCUUUAGAAAAUGGUGUAAGCGGAAGUUCUAAACAGAGCCGAAGUGAAAAGAAGAGCAGGAAAGCGAUGUUGAAGCUCGGUAUGAAACCAGUCACAGGUGUGCUCUUCUUCAUCUCAAAACCUGAUGUCUUCAAGAGCCCGCAUUCAGAAACCUAUGUUAUAUUCGGUGAGGCCAAGAUUGAAGACUUGAGCUCUCAGCUUCAAACGCAAGCUGCUCAACAGCUGGAGUUUCCCGCAGCAAAGCGGUUAAGGCACUUAAGAGUCACGAUGGAGACAUUGUAA